GCGCCAUUUUUUCAAUGCAAGACUCGGCCUGCAUAAAUUAUGUUCAUGACGUAGUGCAAAAGAGCAAAAUUGUGUUAAUUUUUCGGUACUUUUUUCUGCAGAUAAGGUUUUACCUUGGCUAUUAAGGCACACCUGCUUCACCGGCACGACAGUUAACGGAAAGACGUCAUUAAAUAUUUAGUUAUAAAGAGGACCAGCGCUUUCCCGAGCCUCCUUAUCAAUGCAAAUAGCUCUUUUGUGUGCAUUCGUAGCGCGCGUCGGAAGCUGUGAGAUGAAUUUUUAAUUAUGCAUAUUUAAAACAAACUGUGGCAAAGCUCGCCGAAGCAGGAGAAAUAAAGGAAAUACCCCAGCUUUCAGCGGGUGGUACUGUGGAGCUGGUAACAUCCCCUUCAACCACUAUGCAGAAUCAGUGAUCUCCUCAGAGCCUAGACUUCAUCAUGGACACUGAGGAUCUCCCUGCAAGCAAUGCGCCACUCACUGUCAAUGAACAGCUUUUAGGUUCCUGCACUUUGAAAUUCCCAGCACAAGACGACCAGGUCAUUGUCAUGUCAGGACAGGAGACCAUCCGUGUGUUGGAAGUGGAGGUGGAUACAGCCUUGUCCUCUUCGGGGACUGAUGGGAAGGCAGAGUCAGGGGGCGAGGAGGCUGCUGUUCAUAUCCUAGAUGCAGCUGAGGAGGCUCCAUUGGAAAGUCCAGUAACCACAAACACCACCACAGCUGUGUCUCUGGAGGUCUCAGCACCUGCAGUCCAGACCGUGGUCUCCAAAGCCCCCAUCAGUGUGUCACUGGUCCAGCCUCAGUCCAGCUUACCCAUCACUGUCCAGGCCUGCCCACAGGUCCUGACUCAGGAUAGUUUGGCCUCUCUGAUGACCAGCAUGCUUGCACAGCAGGGUUCUCUGGGUCAGCCCCUGCUCAUUCCUCUGAGUAUGGCCGGGUCUGUAGGGGGUCAGGGGGGUCUGGCAGUGCUCACCUGGCCCACCGCCACUGUCGCCACCCUCCCUGGUCUUGCUGCAGCCAGCCCUGCCGGAGGACUGCUGAAGCUGCCAUUUGCAGGACUGCAAGCUGCUACUGUGUUGAACUCUGUCCAGACGCAGCUGCAGUCACCUGCGCAGGCAGUUCUACAGCCCCAGAUCUCUGCUCUGCAGCCAACCCAGACCACAACAGCCACCACUGCGUCUGUUGUUCAGAAAGUGUCAGAGCCCAGUGCCUCAGUCGCAACACUUCAGACUGCAGGCCUGUCCAUCAACCCUGCUAUUAUUAGUGCAGCUUCUCUGGGAGCUCAGCCUCAGUUUAUCAGCUCUCUAACUACAACUCCCAUCAUCACCAGUGCUGUGUCUAAUGUGACAGGUCAACUCAUUACCAAUGCGCAGGGCCAGGUGAUCGGAACACUUCCCCUGCUGUUCAACCCUGCGGCAGCUUCUGCGUUACCAGCUCAAGGCCUGCAGGUCCAGACCGUGUCUCCACAGCUGUUAUUCAACUCCCAGGGCCAGAUCAUUGCUACGAUAGGAAACGGUCCAACAGCUGCUGCCCCCGCCGCCACCUCUGUCCUCCCCAAAGCCACUGUGCCCCUGACACUCACCAAGACCACCACACCGGGUCCCGUUGGGAGAGUGGCCCCUUCUAAAGUCAUCAUUGCUCCCCAGCCUCAAGUGGUUAAAUCAGUGACAUCCCUCACCUCUGCCGGUGCCAUCGCCUGUGGAGACAUGCCUACCGUGGGGCAGCUUGUCAGCAAGCCACAGUCUGCUGUGAACGAAGAAGAGGCCAUUAAUCUGGAGGAGAUCCGAGAGUUUGCCAAGAAUUUUAAGAUUCGACGGCUCUCUCUGGGGUUGACACAGACUCAAGUGGGCCAGGCUCUCACCGCUACGGAGGGUCCUGCCUACAGUCAGUCAGCCAUAUGCAGAUUUGAGAAGCUUGACAUCACUCCUAAAAGUGCCCAGAAGCUGAAACCCGUGCUGGAGCGCUGGCUGGUAGAGGCUGAGCUCUGGAAUCAGAAAGGUCAGCAGAACUUGAUGGAUUUUGUGGGCGGAGAACCCUCCAAGAAGCGCAAACGGAGAACCAGCUUCACACCGCAGGCCAUCGAGGUCCUCAACACUUACUUUGAGAAAAACUCCCUUCCGACCGGCCAAGAGAUUACAGAGAUCGCCAAGGAGCUGAAUUACGACCGAGAGGUGGUUCGGGUCUGGUUUUGCAACCGUCGACAGACUCUGAAAAACACUAGCAAGAUCAAUGUGUUUCAGGCCCAGUAGGGUGACGGUGUGUCUCUUAGAUUCCAACAGAAGAACUUUUUGGACGUUGAUGUAUUGGUGCUAGUUGCAAAAUGAUUGAUAUGACUGACUAGCUGUUGUGAUGAAGCCAACGGCACUCAAACUGUGUGCAGUCAUAGAAUAGUCUCAAACAAACUCUUUCUGUUGGUUUUUUGUUUCCGUUAUGCUGCAUGCAGAGUGACUUUUUGCCGUGCCACCAAUUUUCAAUGCUAAAAUAGCUUUUGGAACUAUUUAAAAUAUUGAAGAAGCUAUGAAAUCCUGUAGUUGCUGUUUUUAUAGAUUAAAAGACACGUCAUGAACACAAAGGAAAGAAAACGUCCAAAAUAUUCUCCA